AUGAUCAGUAACAGUAAGAGCAUUUUUAUUAAAGCUUUCUCUAUUAGCGCACUUACGGUAGGCUGCUUGCUUUUCACUAUUGCGCAUAUUAUGACGGAAAUCCAGUCAGUAGAAAAUGAACUUAACGUGGAAAUGGAUGCUUUCAAGGUGAAGGCAAAUGAUCUUUGGAACAGUAUAUUGUCGAUGAAUAUUGCGCAUCGUCAACGGCGUCAAUAUUUCAGUGAAAAAACGAUGACCACCACUGACAGUAAUCAAAAAGCACACAAAGAAUUUGCUGUAGGACCAGAAGGACCUUCUAGGCCAGGAGAACCUUCUAAGCCAGAAGAACCUUUUAGGCCAGAAUCUUCCAAAGAAGUGCACGAGGAGACUAAAUGUGAACCAGGACCUCCCGGAGCCAAAGGCGAAAAGGGUCUCGAUGGAUCUGAUGGAGAAGAUGGCAAGGAUGCUCCGAAUGGUUUAGAUGCAGACAAUACUCAGAUUCAGGUGCAACAGUAUGAAAGCUGUUUUCAUUGCCCACCAGGCCCACCUGGUCAGCCAGGUCCACCAGGACGUCCUGGUCCUCGUGGAAUGCGUGGUGCCCGAGGACAAAGUGGCUUGCCUGGUCGAGAUGGACAACCUGGCCCACCAGGACAGAUGGGUGCUGAUGGUCCACCUGGUAUAACUGGUGAUGAAGGACCACAAGGAGAACCUGGAAUUGAUGUAGAUCAUAUUGUUGGUGUUCAAGGUCCGAAAGGAAUUCCAGGCCUUGUUGGUCCACCUGGUGAACCAGGUGAUGAUGGUGAACCUGGUAUUCAAGGAAGUAAAGGAGCACCAGGAAUACGGGGACCUAUUGGAGAGAAAGGCGAUGAUGGUGAACAGGGUGAACCCGGCAUUGCGGGCUAUGAUGGUUUGCCAGGAAAUGAUGCUGAAUACUGUCCAUGUCCUCGUCGAAGUACCGAUACAGACAAAUCAGAUUCAUCUGGUAUUGCAAAUGCAAAACAGCUCUCACCUCAUUAUCCACAAUCAUUUAUUUUAUAA